CCCUGCCCUCCGCCGCCGGGAUUCAAACCCCCCUUGCCGCUCUCCGCCAUUGGCUGGCUCCGCGGUGACGUAGCAUCGCGUGAUUGGGUGCCGCGCCGCCCGAGUGCCGGCGGGCUCCGAAAUUUCGGGCGCCGAAUCCAAAGUCUCGCGAGAGGCGCGGGGAACGCUGGGAGCGGCGGAGUGUUGUGGGGGGGAGGGGGAGAGGGGUGUUGCCAGGGCAACGGCGGCGUGUGGGGCCGGGCUGCGGGAUUCUGGGGGGGGAAAUAUUAGGGCCGGCCCCUGCCCCACAGCGAUGCCAACCCGCCUGCAGCCCCCUGAGCUCGUCCCCCCCCUCGACUUCUCCUUCUUCCCACUGCAAUCCCUGCAGGACCUGAGCCCCGAGGGCAGCCCUUCUCCCACCCUGGCCCUCCGCCUGCCCUACACCAGGCUAAGCAGCCUGGAGGGGCUGCACCCCAUCCUGCAGCAGCUCCUGGCCGACCCCACACAGCUCCGUUGGCUCGACCUGUCCUUCAACUGCCUGACCACCAUUGACCCGGUGCUGAGCACGCUGGGGGGGCUGCAGAGCCUCUACCUGCAUGGCAACACCAUCAGCUGCCUGAGGGAGGUGGACAAACUGGGGGCUCUGAGCCAGCUGCGCCGCCUGACGUUAUAUGGGAACCCUAUGGAGGAGGAGGGGGGCUACAGGCGCUACGUGUUGACCCUGCUGCCCCAGCUCAGCACCCUGGAUUUCAGUGCUGUGACCCCACAGGAGCGCAGGGAGGUGGCCGUGUGGGGAGGCACCCAGAGGCGGCCCCGACCCCACCGAGCUUCAGAAUGAAAGCCACGCGUCCCACUGCUGCCUGGUGCCCAGCGACCCAGUGGAACGGAGAGGAGGCAGGGGCGGGCUGGAUGCGUUUAUCUGUGGUGGCAGAAGAAGAAGAAUUCAAC